GCCGUUUGACAUCGCAAAAAUAUAGAUAAACACCGAGCGAGCUCUUCUGUCCCAUCUCCAAAGAGCUCGCCUAUAGCCAUUGUCGUCUGUCUGUGUUCUUCUUCCUAAAGAUGCUCCGGUCCUCGCUCCACCGAGCUGCUGCCCUCCGGCCAUGGAGAUCUCCGGCCGCCGCCUUCGCGAUCCACCGCCUCUCGACAUCCGCCGCAGCGUCUCCGAGUCACGGGACCCUUCCUUCAAGAUUGCGGAAUCUCAUCGGGGGUGAAUUCUUGGAAUCCCAAUCUGAAGCUUCGAUUGAUGUCCUAAACCCAGCUACCCAAGAAGUGGUCUCUAGGGUUCCUCUAACUACCAACGAGGAGUUCAAAGCUGCAGUGAAUGCAGCGAAGAGUGCUUUCCCAAAAUGGAGGAACGCACCCGUCACCGCGCGGCAGCGCAUCAUGCUCAAGCUCCAAGAACUCAUCCGGAGGGACAUGGAUAAGCUUGCCGUGAAUAUCACCACUGAACAAGGGAAGACGCUCAAGGAUGCCCAGGGUGAUGUUUUCCGUGGUUUAGAGGUGGUGGAGCAUGCUUGUGGAAUGGCCACUCUUCAGAUGGGUGAAUUCGUUUCCAAUGUUUCAACGGGUAUUGAUACAUAUAGCAUUAGGGAGCCUCUUGGCGUGUGUGCAGGGAUAUGUCCGUUUAAUUUUCCUGCAAUGAUUCCAUUAUGGAUGUUCCCUCUUGCAGUUACGUGUGGCAACACUUUCAUUCUAAAGCCAUCAGAGAAAGAUCCAGGGGCUGCCAUGAUGCUUGCAGAGCUAGCACUGGAGGCUGGUUUGCCCGAUGGAGUCUUAAAUAUUGUUCAUGGUACCAAUGAUGUAGUUAAUAAUAUCUGCGACGAUGAAGACAUUAAGGCUAUAUCAUUUGUUGGUUCAAACACAGCUGGGAUGCAUAUCUAUUCCAGAGCUGCUGCUAAGGGAAAACGUGUUCAGUCAAACAUGGGUGCAAAAAACCAUGCAAUCAUCAUGCCUGAUGCAAGCGUGGAUGCUGCUUUAGAUGCGUUGGUUGCUGCUGGUUUUGGUGCUGCAGGGCAAAGGUGCAUGGCACUCAGUACUGCUGUUUUUGUUGGAGGCUCAAAACCAUGGGAGGACGAACUUAUUAAACGUGCCCAAGCACUGAAAGUAAAUGCAGGAAUUGAGCCUGGGACAGACCUUGGUCCAGUGAUCAGUAGACAGGCAAAGGACCGCAUUUGCAGAUUGAUCCAAAGUGGCAUUGAAAGUGGGGCUAGAGUUUUGCUUGAUGGCAGGGACAUUGUGGUUCCUGGGUAUGUGGAUGGGAACUUUGUCGGUCCUACCAUUCUGGCUGAUGUCACAAGUCAUAUGGAGUGCUAUAAGGAGGAAAUUUUUGGACCGGUUCUCCUUCUGAUGCAGGCUGAGAGUCUACAAGAGGCUAUCCAUAUUGUUAAUAGCAACAAGUAUGGGAAUGGAGCUUCUGUAUUUACUACGUCGGGUGUUUCUGCAAGAAAAUUUCAGAACGAUAUUGAGGCUGGCCAGGUUGGCAUUAAUGUGCCGAUUCCAGUGCCACUGCCAUUCUUCUCCUUCACUGGAUCCAAGGCUUCUUUUGCUGGAGAUCUAAAUUUUUAUGGCAAGGCAGGCGUGCAGUUCUACACUCAGAUCAAAACGGUGACUCAACAGUGGAAGGAUUCACCAAGCCAGGGGGUGUCACUGGCAAUGCCCACAUCGCAGAGAUGAUAAAAAGCGUAUACCUCCCGUUUUAUGCAUCGUCACUGGAAUGCACCAUGUACUUUCUAAAAGACUUGCGCUGUAAAUAUGAAAGCAUUUUCUGGUUUUGUUUUCCUUCUUGAAUCAGUGACACAAUAGAUGCAAAGUUACGCCACCAUACUCUCUUUCUUGAGUUCUUAAUUACUAGUUGCAAAGCUUGACUGGAACCAAUAAUUCAUGUUUGUCCUGGUGAUUUUCUUUUCGUCUGUCGGGCUGAUAUCCUUGAGAACAAGGCUUAUUCUGAAUUUAUAGGUUGAAUUGGCUGGCGCUCA